GGUUACACAGGGAAAAUAGAUAGUCUGUUUCAAUUCUGCAUUAGCAGUUAUAGAGAAUAACACUAAUGAUUAAUUAUUUAAUCUGGUAUUGCUUCUCUUGAUUACGUAUAUUCCCCAUACAUACUAAAAUUAAUGGGUAUUACACAGAUAAACAUUACUGAUGAAAGUACUGAAUUAAUCAAAUGAACUUCAGAAAGGAAGCCUUAGGGGUGUUGAAAACAGAUACAUUGACAGUAGUUUUGAAUGUUUGCAGUGUUGUAGCUACUUUGGUCCCAGGAUAUGAGAGAGACAAAGUAGAUGAGAUAAUAUAUUUUAAUAUAUUAACUCCUGUUGAUGGAAGAGACAAGUUAAGAAGCUGUACAGAGCUCUCCUCAACCCUGGAAAAACUAACCAGACUGUCACAGUGUUGGAAAAAAGCAAGUUAUAUUCAGCAUAAUGGAACACAGCUGUUCAGUUGUUAAGCUCUUAACAGCCAGUUGAGUUCUAGUUCUAUAUACACCUGAAGCAGAAAAUCGUAGCAUAGAAGGGAUUGCAGCUUGUAAGAGUAGGUGGUGACAGUUGGUAUGUGUGAGGGUGGCUUCUGAGCAUAUGGUUUACUAAGACAACAAACAUGUUUUUGUUGAACAUAUUUUGAAUUGUUUAUUGUAGUUAAAGUAUAUGACAGUUUUAAAGUAGCUGGAAUUGUAUCAGUUUUUAAUUUGACAGGGUCCCUUUUAAAGGUAAUAUUUAUUCCUUUAUGGUAUGGAAGAGGAUUAUAUUAUGACACUAUAUAUCCACUAUAUAGUGGACUGAGGGUUAAUGAAGUGAUAUAACUCCCUAAUGUAUGUUGCUUGCCCUUGACUCUAGCACACCAAAAAUAAUUGAUGUGUGGGAACACUACCUUGCCUUCUAUUUCUUUAAUCUCUGUAUGUUCUUCUGCAGUGCUUAAUGCUUCAGUAGUAAGUAAUGUGAAUAGUAUCUGUAACUAGGUAACUUCUCUGUAAACAGGAGCAACCUAUUAGGCAAGACUAGAUUAUUUUAAUAACUUUUCCCUGUACUCUACACUUUCUUAUAAGCUUGUGGUGUCUGCAAUUUGGUACUUGUUAAAGUAAUGCUCAUUCUUGGAGUGAUAGUCUUUUCUAUUGGGUUGCUCUAAAUAAACUGAGAACACUAACCUAGCUAAAAUCCUUCAUUAUUAAUUCAUACAACUAAUUAUAGUGGUGACAACUUUUGACUCUUAUGAGUUUUGAUAUUUGGUGGCUAUUUUUUAAAUCCAGUUCCUGGAAUUAUAACUGAGCCAUUUUAAACUUUUUUUUUUAAUUAUUAAAUGCAUUUAGCUGGCAUGGUUGCAGAGAAGCUUGAAAAGUCACCUGAGUGCACCCUAAAAGGUUUCAAAAAUCAAACCCAUCUUAAAAUCUCCUAUAUUUAAAGCAAAAUGGUGGCUUGGGGGAAGGAUCUGAUUCAUGAAGUCUGAACAUGGGGGCUAGUAAUAGUGUAAUGGACAAAAGUCUUCCUUAGACUAAUAAGGAUGAAGAGGACAGUCAUGCUGUUGCUUAAUCUUUGAGUCUUGUGUGACAAAAAACUUCAGUGUGACUUCCUGAUCUCUCUAGGAUGUCUAAGGUCUUUUUGGCUUUGCUGGUCUAGGCCUCUCACCAUUUGCCCAUAGUGAAACUUAACUAGUACCUUAAUGCUAGUUAGUUCCUUCAGCAUAGUUAUUUCUCUCUCUGCAGUGAUGGUCUAACAGCUAGUACAUCCUCCUGCACUCCAGAUUAAAAAAGAAAAUGAAAGAUGAAAUUGCUGCCACAGUCUUUUUCAUCACAAGGCUGGUGAAGAAGCAAGACAAACUGAGCAAGCACAAAACUGAGAAAUUUGCAGCUAAGCUGACAACAAUACUGUUUGAAAAGUAUAAGAACCACUGGUACCUAGACAACCCAUCUAGGGGACAAGCCUUCAGGUGUAUACGGAUCAACAAACAUCAGACAAGAGAUCCUGUACUGGAACAAGCUUGUUAUGAGAGUAAUGUGGACUUUGAUAACCUUGGCUUGCCAAGAGAGAUCACCAUAUGGGUUGAUCCAUUUGAUGUGUGCUGCAGGUAUGGAGAGAAGAAUCUGCCUUUCACAGUCGUUCACUUUGAAGGUGCUGAGGAGGACCGAGAACUGUCUCAACGCAUCAGCCAAGCUGUUGACAAAGCAACCUCAGAUUCUCAUUCUGGCACCUCCUCAGAUGAGGAGGGUUAUACUAAGGAAGCUAAAGCUAUCCCUACUGUCAGCAACCCAAACAGUGUCUAUCAGAUCAGUGACUACUGCAAGCUGCCCAUUCAGCCGUGGUCUCGGUAUCCUCGCAAGAAGACCUACGCAACCAAUGGACUUCAUCAGGCAAGCAUUUACUAUGCCCAGCACAAGGACUUCAAAUGCUACUGGCCAAUGGCUGCUUUUUCUGGACCUCGUAUGGACCGAUAUCAUUGGGUGAACACCAACCGAUAGAGCAGUGCCUGCACCACUCUAACCCUGGCUCUUAUGGGUCUCUAAAAUACUGGACUCUGUGGUAGGAAGCUUGAUGCUUCCACAAAAUCUGUCCAAACAGAAAAGCACUUAAUUCUGCCUUCUCCUGUCUUAUUUCUCUCUCCCUAAUUUUAUGUACCUGAAAUGUAAAGAUUUUAUUAAACUUUUAAUGUCUUUUUAUAUUGCUCUGAUAAGAGAUACUGAAAA